AUUUAUUAGCUUAUUUAUUACGUCUAUACUAUAUAUAUACACAAUAAUUUCACUACCAAUAAAAUUAAAAAAAAUAAAAAUAAAAAUAAAAAUAAAAAUAAAUAACUGUUAAAUUCACAGUGCGUAAUUCAUUCCAUCCCCUUCGGAUCCGUUUUGGCAAGCUGAAAUCUCAUCUGUAAUUUGGGGAUGGCGUCCAGUAUGAGAAUCGUUUUCGGAUUGCUUACAUUUGUCACUGUUGGCAUGAUUAUAGGAGCUUUGCUUCAAUUGGCAUUUAUUAGAAGGCUCGAAGAUUCAUAUGGCACGGAAUUUCCUUCAUUUAGAAGACUGCAUGAACGUCAGAGUAUUGGCAAUCUACAGUUGUCUGGAGGUAUUUCUUAUUGGGCUAAUGACAAAGAAGCUGAAACUUUACGUCUCGGAUAUGUCAAACCUGAAAUAAUUAGUUGGUCUCCGCGAAUCAUUGUACUUCAUAAUUUUUUGAGUACGGAGGAAUGUGAUUAUCUUAGAGCAAUUGCGAAGCCCCGUCUUCAGAUUUCCACCGUGGUGGAUACAAAAACUGGGAAGGGAAUCAAGAGUGAUGUUAGGACGAGCUCUGGUAUGUUUUUAAGUCCUGAAGAGAGAAAGUAUCCAAUGGUACAGGCAAUUGAAAAACGAAUUUCUGUCUAUUCUCAAGUACCAAUAGAAAAUGGGGAGCUUAUUCAAGUUUUAAGGUAUGAAAAAAAUCAGUUUUACAGACCACAUCAUGACUACUUUUCAGAUACUUUCAAUUUGAAACGUGGUGGCCAACGAGUUGCUACAGUCCUCAUGUACUUGAGCGACAAUGUUGAGGGCGGAGAAACAUACUUCCCGGCGGCUAGUUCAGGUCAGGCUGGUUCAGGUGAAUGCAGCUGCGGUGGGAAAAUGAUGAAAGGGUUGUGUGUUAAACCUCUUAAAGGAGAUGCGGUGCUUUUUUGGAGCAUGGGGCUAGAUGGGCAGUCGGACCCGAACAGCAUUCAUGGAGGAUGCCAAGUACUGUCGGGGGAGAAAUGGUCGGCUACAAAAUGGAUGAGGCAGAGAACUACUUCCUGAUUUUGCUUUGUGGAUUUUGUUUUCACAUUCAUCAUCUUUUUUGUUAUAAAUAACUAAUUCCAUAAAACUGGUAAAUGUAAAAUUAAUAUUAGGUUGCACUUUACUUAGAUAGCAACCAUGGAAACCAUACCAUGUUUACUGCUAUAUGUAUGGUUUCUAUGGUGUUCACUCACCUUACUCCUUUUGUAGUACCUCUUGUAAUAUAACUCUUACGAAAUGAAGUUCUUACUUUUUUUCCCCACA